AUGGCCAACAAGCAGGACAUCCCGGUUAUCAUUCAUAACGGAAAGCGUGGCCUCCUCACACUCGAGGAUGGCCGCCUAGACGUCCUACAGCUGAGCGCAGAUGGGCGACCACCCAAGCAUCUCCUAUCUUGUCCCGUGCGCCUCCUUCUGCGAGCGCAACUAAGCCCGGAGCCGCCCUCGGCGGGGGCGAAUGGCCCGAAGCGCAUGCUCGACAUUCACGCGCUUGUCCAGAAGAGCGCAAACAGCAACCACCUUCGGUACACAAAGAUCCGCGUGCUUGUUGAACCAGCGCAUUCCGUUGACGCUGAGCAAUGGGUUGACCAGUUGAUGGCUGCCGCCUACCCUGUCACCAAGCCAUACCGCAACGUACUGCUGCUCAUCAACCCAGUGAGCGGCAAGGGCAAGGGCGUCGCCAUCGCGAAUCAUACCAUCAUCCCCACCCUCGAGGCAGCAGGAUGCAAGGUGGAUGUGCGCCAGACCGAGUACCGGAAUCAUGCAGAGGAAAUCUGCAGGGAUGCGGACCUUUCAAUGGUUGACGUGAUCGCCGUCGCGUCAGGUGACGGCGGUUGCUACGAGGCGUUUAAUGGUCUAGCAAUGCGUCCCGAUGGGCGCAAGGCGUUACGGAUACCCCUUGCCCCGCUCCCGACCGGCUCGGCCUGCGCAGCUUGCACAAAUCUGUUUGGGCCCAAGAACACCUUCAAUGUCCUGUUGGCGACCCUCAACGUCAUCAAAGGCCAACCAAUGCCCAUUGAUCUCCAGUCUGUCGUGCUUCUGCCCUCUCUGGAGCGCCGCGUGUCGUUCCUCAGUGUCGCGCUGGGUCUCAUGGUCGACCUCGACAUUGGCACGGAGAAUCUCCGGUGGAUCGGCGACUCGCGGUUCCUAUACGGCUACUUGCGCGGAAUAAUGCAGAACAAAUCCUGCAAGGCACGUAUCCAGCUCAACAUUGUCGAUGAUGACAAGGAGAAAAUGGCGCGGGAAGCCGUAGAGGCAGCAGCCGCGGACCGCGGCCCGAAAACCGUUGGGGGUGGCACCGACCCCCUUCAGUUAAUUCGUGGUGUGCAGACAAUGUCGGUUGCAAGCCAGGCCGUUGCCAACGGUGACGGAUACGGUGAUGGUCUCACGCCGAGCGGUAGCCGCAAGAGUUCGGGGUUAUCAGCCAAGCCUAUUGGCAGUUUGAUGCCAGCUGAUGCUGCCAGUCCCGCUCCAGUAAACGGUGCCGUCAACGACGAUGAGAGGUUGCCACUUGCUGACCUCCUGGAACCGACUGAGGCGUGGGUUACGGUCGACUCGAGUGGGAGCGCGCGACAUGAUCCGCAGUCGGCAACGCAGAACGCGUGGUCGGAGGGUGAAGCAAUGCUGUUCCUCUACUCUGGUCUCAUGCCUUACGUCGCUCGUGAUCUGAAUCAAUGGCCUGUCAUUCGUGCCGGAUCGGGUGUGAUAGACAUUGUCCUGCAGCGAUGCGCGGCUCGCAGUGUCAUGCUUGGUCAGGCCACAGAAGGCGCGUCUGGACGUCCGUACUGGUUGAGCAGCCAGUGUUACUACAAGGUGCUCGGGUACACGGUUGAGAACCUCGACAAGAAGGGACAGCCCAAGCUCACCAUCGAUGGCGAGGGAUACGACUGGGACAGCUUUCACGUCGAGGUGCUGCCGCGCGCAGCCACGCUACUGGCGCUCGAUGGACAUUACUACCAGGCCGAGUUUCUGUUGCAGGCGCCGGGUGCGGCUGCGACGAAGCCUGAUAAGUAG